ACGAUUCCGCGCUCACACACCCUGACAACAUAUUAAAAAGCGAUUAAACUUUGCAACACAACACUGCACAACCGAUGCAUUUCAUGAAAUUAUAUUUACACUCAAUUUUAGGACGGCAAAUAUUUUUUCUUUGGAGACUUUAAACUUAAUGUUUGACUAAGCGAUACUGGUUUGUUUUUUUUCCCCCUUGCAAUACUGGAUCAUCCUAGAUGUGUUUUUUUGAGUCGAUUAAAUUGAUUUGAUACAAUCCAAGAUAUGUCUGGAAUUCAGCAUGCAUCCAAUCAAAGCAUCAAGCCUUUUAAAUCGAGUGAGGAGUAUCUCUAUGCCAUGAAAGAAGACCUGGCAGAAUGGCUGGGAGAUUUAUACAACAUUGACAUUGACGUAAAUAAUAUUUUGGAGGUGUUGGAGACAGGUGCGCUGCUGUGUGCUCAUGCGAAUAACGUGACACGAGUGGCGGACGACUUUCUGAAGAGAACCGGACCCACGGAGAUCCCGCUGCCCGCUUCUGGAGUCACUUUUUUCACCUCUGCCCAUCCAACAACAUUCCUGGCUCGGGAUAAUGUGACGAAUUUCAUCAACUGGUGUCGGAAAGAGAUGAGCAUUCCAGAUGUACUGAUGUUUGAGACAGAUGACCUUGUCCUGCGUAAGAAUGAGAAGAAUUUUGUGCUGUGCCUUCUUGAGGUGGCCAGACGGGCCUCUCGUUUCGGCAUGGCUUCACCAGUCCUCAUUCAGCUGGAGCAGGAGAUAGAGGAGGAGAUUCGAGAAGAGAUGGAGGACUUCCCUGCUCAGUCCAAGCCACAGAGGAGCUUGAUAAACAUCCAGAAUCUAGAUGAGAUGGUCCAGCUUCUGAUAAGCAGAUGCACUUGCCCUUCCCAGUUCCCCAUGGUGAAGGUAUCAGAGGGCAAAUACAGAGUGGGAGACUCCAACACUCUCAUAUUUGUGCGGAUUUUGAGGAAUCAUGUUAUGGUGCGAGUGGGCGGAGGAUGGGACACCCUGGAGCACUAUCUCGACAAACAUGAUCCCUGCCGCUGCACUUCUCUCAUACAUAAGCUGACCACACGUCCAGCUACUCCGCUGCAUGAGAUCAAAGAGCGGUUUACUACAACACAACCUGAUGGCCAGUGUGUGUCUCAAACCACUCUUAUGCUGAGCCGAACUCAGUCCCCCCUACAGCCAGUUGUCUGGACUCCUUCAGCCACCUACAGAGCCCAGAGAGGAAGACCCUUUCCCCCACACUCCUCCUGUUCCCCUGACCCUGAACAUCAGCCUGGCCGCCGGAGAAACAGCCCCUCUCCUAACAAAUUAAAAGAGCGACCGAGUACUCCAUCUUGUGUGUACACUUGUGCUGACAGUAAAGACAGCUUGAAAACAAACUCCUCCAGAAGGAAAGGCAGAGAUGUAACAAGAACGUCACAGGCACCUCGUCUCACGAGCAGUCUUCCACGGGCCACCCAUCAUCCUACCACACCACAACCUGAGAUACAGCGUCCUCAAACUCCUCUAGUCCUUCAGAGGAAUGCCAAUCAGAUCCAACCCCAGCAGGUGCCUGAGAAGAACCUGGGACAAACAUGGACGAAAUCACAGUUUGUUUCCAAAUUGAGACAAAAUUCCACACUUGGAUUUAAAGGACGAGAGAACCAGGACAAAGUGCACCUUGUCUUGGACUCACAAGAAUGUCCAGGAAGGACCUUCCAGAGUCCUCCUAGAAAUACACAUUCAUGUUCCAAACCUCCGAACAUCACCAUUCGUGAGCCAGAGGACAAUGGGGGUCCCAAAAAAACCCCACAUUUCGUCCGUACCUCUUCUCCUUUUAAAGGGCUAAUGGGGGCCCUAAUUUCAGAAGCACAACACUCCAGACCUAGAACACCAGCUAAGAUCUCUCAAGAAGAAUCACCAGAUAAAAUUAAACACAUUCUGGAUGUAAGUGAACAACGAGCAGAUAGAUCAGUCAGCAAGAAGAUACAGCACUUGUCCCUACCGGUGCUGAACAUUAUGCAGUCUCCUCACAUUAACAGCUCAAGUAAAUCUUCCAAAAGCGUCGUUGAUUCUCAGAAGUCUCAAGGAGAUUUAGGAAGUGAAGAGGGAGGAACUGAGAGAAGUUAUCUUUUCACUCCUACUCCUCUUAGCCCUGCUCAGGAAGCCAUCCUCUAUAAGAGCCUAGAAGAGGAAAUCUUGUCCAAUCUACAGCAGCUAAGCGUUGACUCAGAAACCAGUACAAGCUCUGAUGAGAGGAACCACGAGAAUCCCAAGAAUUGUAGAAAGCUCCCAUCUGACAGGUGUAAAAGCUCUAACAGAUCAGCAAGUCUUCAUCGGGCAACACCCAACAGGGCUUUUGAUGCAGUCAUUGCUGAACUCUCAGGUGAACAAAGGAAGCUGGAGAAGGUGUCAGUUGAGAAGUGGGUGAACACACUUCAGGGCCUCAGAGGGAAGGUGGAGGAAGACCACGUUGCCGCUCAUCACCUUAAACCGUGUAUGACCAGUUCUUGGUCCUCACUGGGAUCCAGUAUGGAUUCAAAAGAGACUGCUGAACUUGUGAAGGUGCCAUUUGACAACUCCAACGUUGAGACUAAAAUUCCUCAUGGAAAAGGAUCAAGUGUAGGAACUGAACAUGUAAAAAAGCAGAGGAGUUCUUCAAUCACACAAAGGAGAUCCUUAAGGAAGCCAGAGAGAGUGCCAUCCAUCUUCAAGCUAAAACUAAGACCCUGUGUGCGACCCAGACGCGACCACAGGUCAGACCGAAAGCCUUCAAAGAUCCCAAAACCAGUUUUCUACAAAAGAACAAGCUGUAAAGAAGGAAACUCUCACAACCAGAGAGGAAACGAUUCCCAACAUGGGCCUUUUGGCACAGACAAGUCUAGAGGAAACUCCCAGGUCCCAAUACCAAGUACAACAAAGUGCCAAAGAUCAAACAAGGAGCCACAUGCUGCAGAUCAACAUCUGGAAACCUGGGUUUAACCAACAGCUCAUUGACAAUUCACAGUUUUGUCAUUUUAGAGUUUACUGAAAAUUUGACUGCCAGUUCAGACAAGCCAUAUGUUGGUCAAAUACUGUUUUAGUUGAUAGAAAAUGCACUUUUCCGUAGGCCUUCAAGAUCAGUUAGAAAAAUCACAGCACUUUCAUUAGAGAUUAAAGUCGUCUUACCUAAAAUUAGAUGUAUGUUGGAGUUUUGUUGAUUGUUUAUACAUAUAUUGUUUAUACAUACUGUACAUGGAAAAAGUACAGUACAUGAAUAUAUAAAACCCUCCUUGACAUUUGUUUUAAUGUCAUAGCCAUGUAGCCAGGUAUUUUUGUUGUUUUCCAUCACUCUUUAGGGUCUAAUUGAUUAAUAUGUCAUUGUUAAGGGAGAACUAUUAUGCCCCUUUUACAAUAUGUAGUAUAAGUCUCAGGUGUCCCCAGAAUGUGUCUGUGAGGUUUCAGCUCAAAAUACCCCACAGAUCAUUUAUUAUAUCAUUUUGAAAAUGCCUAUUUAAAGUGCAAGCAGAAACACUGUGUUUUCGUGCAUGUCUCUUUAAAUGCAAAUGAGCUGCUGCUUCCCGCCCCCUUUUCCAGAAUAGAGCUGUGCCUUUACAGUUCAUAGCUCAGAUACUCUGCUAAAAAAACAUCUGUUUGGAUUUGAUUAUCAUGUCUAUCACGCUGAAAUCAUGCAUUUUAAAGCCAGUUUAAACUUCUGAUAUACGGUUUUCUGAGCGCACACAUCCGAAGCACGCGCACAGAAAGCGGCUGUCACACAGCAUGUAAGUACUAAACUACAUUGUCUUUCAUGUCUUAUUGCGCUUAAACUGUCAAAUUUAUGUUAAAAACACACAAAAGUUACAAAAACAGACGGUUAUGUCUGUGAAGGUAAACAGCUGUGAAAUAAAUCGCAUGUUUCUAUUAGAUCUGUGCGGCAGCGUAAUAUACAGUAAAUAAAUCAAUAAGCUCUCUUGCCUCCUCCGAGGCUGGGACUCUAAAUAGUGUUCUGUGCUCAUCUGUGCAGCCAAACACAGAACUUUUUCCAUGGGGUUAAAACUGGUACACCAUUAUUGCUUGCAAAAAACAAAAUAACAGCGGCGUGGGUAAAAACGUGCGAAUAAAGAGGCAGUAAUAUUAUAAUAAGAUCCCCUUACCACAUGACCGGGGUAGCGCAAUAGUAGUGUACUAUUGGGUAGUGUUUCGUUUUUUCCACAUGCUUUCCACAACAUUUUCUCAGUUGGUAGAUGCAGUAGGGACCCGAUUAUAGCACUUUAACAUGGAAAAAUUCCGAUUUUCAUGAUAAGUCACCUUUAACUCUGUGUCAAGAUGUUUACUACAAGUUUCACUCUGUAUGAGCUGUUUGGAGGAAUGUUUCAACUGUUUUCGUCCACUGUGAAAGUCAUUGGGGUCCAAAACAACACUAGAGCUCACUUGCUUUCAUUGUAUGCAUAAAAUAACUCUUCAAAUGAGCUCUUUUGUGUUCUACAGAACAAAAAAAGUCUUACAGGUUAGGAACGACAUGAGGGUGAAUAAAUUAUGACAUAAUUUUCAUUUUUGGUUAGACUAUGCAAUAUCCAGAGCUGUUUAACAUAUAAUUUGGUUUCAGCUUUUUAGACUCUAGAUUAAGGUUUGUAAAGAGAGUCGUCUGAAUUGAUAUCGUUUUUUAUUGCUAUGAGCAUUUCUUCUCAUUGUCACACUCUGGCAGUAGAAGAGCCUGCAGACGUGAUGGAUCAGAUGUUAUUCUUCCAUGUAAUCAUGCUUGAAGAUGAUGAGAAAGAGAAAAUUGCUUAAUUUAAUAAAAACUGUUGCACUGACAUCUGAGCCAUUUGAGUGUUCGCUGCAUCAAAAUGCAUGUCUAUGUGCAGAUUUAAAUUUUUAGGUUUUUACAUUUUGUAACAUGCUGUAAAUGUUUCAAGAGUGGACAGCUACAUCAAGCAUCCCGCUAGCGUUUCUUCCUUGGCGUUUUCCAGUCACCUUGUGCUUCAGUGUUUUGGCUGCUAGUUUUAUAAAUAACUCUUGGCAUAAGUCGGCAGCUAAUAAUAGCAUCGUCAGAACUGCAGUCUGUCACACUACAGCAGCUGUGCUCCCUUGCAACUUUCUUCUCCUUGUUCCCUCCCUCCAACCCCAGUCCCCUUUCAUCCUCCGCUCCCCCUUCCUUAACAUCCCCAGACUCUUGUCAGUGGAGAGGAGCACUUUGAAGAUAUCCUCAGAGGACUGUGAGAGCAUGAUACUGUGAGGACCUCAAUUUUGUGGACUCGGGAUAAAAGGAUUAAAUUUGGCUUACACCGAAUCUCAUCCAAUUAUUUAGAACGUGAAAUAAACAUAUGAAAACAUGCUUCCAUUUGUCAUGUUACCUGAAAUUAUCCUUUGAUUAGUUAAGGA